AUGACUGGCGCUGCUCCGAUAGACAUCGCCACGCGACAGUCGACCUCGGUCUCACCGCCGGGGCAGCAGGCCUCAAAUCUGACGUCGGCGCUGCAGAAAGCCGGCAAUGGCGAACGCACCGGGAGUAUAUCGCAUCACCCGAGUGGAGGUCUCGGGGUGUUCAAGGCCCCGCCGCCUCGUAAAGAUUCAAUCGGUGCCGCUUCAGCACAAUGGGGAAAUGGAACCAAGCCUAUCUCAAUGUCCGGAUCAGCUCGCGAUAAAGGUCGUCGGGAAUCUCUGGCAGGUAGCUUAGUAGGUGGUAUGAGUUGGGGCGGUGUUUCGGUUGGAAGCUGGAUUCGUGAUGACAUCAUCAUGACUGGCACGUCCCCCUUCGCUUUCCAGUCUCCUUCCUUCCACUCGUCCUCAUAUCUCCCGAAGCUGGAAGCUAACUUCAUGCGGGACUUCUCUUGCUGCGGUGUCACGUUACCGACACUUCAUGACCUAUUACAACACUACGAAGAAGCCCAUGCGACGAAAUCGCCCAACCAAGGUCAUCGUCCGAGCCAGGGUGAGAAUCGAGCUGCCUUGGCAGCAGCCGCGAUCGCACAACAACAGAACCAGCAACAUGGCAACCAAGGGCGUGGCCUGCAGCCCGAUCGUACCCUAGAUAUGCAGCGCAAGCUGGGCCAGAACCCCAUUACAUCCCAGCACAUUGAUCUAGACACAAUCGAUGACAUGGAGUUGGACGAGCCUAUGGGAGAUGACGAUGACACCAUGUCACAGCUCUUCUCUCCUCAGUUACGCGAAAGUGGUCAAGGUGGAUUUGGCAAUCCCAACCAGGGCCCGCAGUUAAAUCUGGGUAUGCUUCCAAGCCACCAGGGUUUCAACACACCCUCUCAACCUGGUACUCCGAUCGGUUCUGGACGCCCUCUUUCCCUGCAGAAUAACCCCACUGUUUCUUCCGUCAAUACUCCCACUUUAAUGGCCAAUCCUCUUCAGACCUCCCAGUUCCGAAAUACCCCGGAUUCGUCAGCACCUGGAACACCAGUGGAAAUCGAUGAGAGCGUGGUAGGUGGGUUCGGAGAUUUGACUAUGCAAAAUAACGCCAUGGGCCAAAACCAGGGCCAAUUCGGACGCUUCCUCGGCGGCAACAAUGAUAUGGUUGAUCUGUGCAUCGAUGAGCCAGCUAAGCGCUUGUUCAGCCCCACAGGCGGUAUGGGAUCAACGAAUGCUCAUUUCAAAUUGAGCGGAGCUCAAUACGGUCCUAAUAGCGAUAUUGCGCGACGGAUCCGUGAGCAACAACUUCUGGCUGGGGUACCUGAUACUACCUCGAUUCUUCCCAACGAAGAGCCUAAACCGUUCCGAUGCCCUGUCAUCGGCUGUGAGAAAGCAUACAAGAACCAGAACGGACUCAAAUAUCACAAAGCUCACGGUCAUAAUAAUCAACAACUUCAUGACAACGCCGAUGGCACAUUCUCAAUUGUCAAUCCCGAAACAUCAGCACCUUACCCUGGCACCCUUGGUAUGGAGAAGGAGAAGCCAUAUCGUUGUGAAGUUUGUGGCAAACGCUACAAGAACCUUAACGGUCUUAAAUAUCACAAAUCCCAUUCGCCGCCCUGUAACCCCGAUUUCCAGCUUGCAGCAGGUCGCAAUCUGAACCUCGGCGGCGGUGUCAUGCAGGGACAGAACAUUAAUGUUGCCGGAGCUGGCCUCCCCGGAAUUGGCGAAGAAGGUCUUCUUUGA